AUGUCUCUAAACACAUCGACGCUCUCGGAGAUUUCCGCAGUCACAGAGAGCUCAACGCCUCAAGUGCGCAAACGGCCGCUGCGGACUUAUAGUCGACGAUCUGCGGAGACCUUUAACCCAAAGUCCAAAGUGCAGAACGAUGCGCCACGCGUUGACACUAAGGCCAACCCUCGUGCCAAAUCAGAAACGACGUCAACACCGUCUCCCAAGAAGGAAGACCAAGAGAAGCAGAGUCGAGGCUCCAUUUUAGCAUACUUCAAACCCGUCCCUCUUCGAACCGAGAAGAUAACCUCCAAGAGGCAAUCAGAGGGAAUAGAACGUCUAGAUACACCGCCAUCUUCACCACCGUCACUUCCCAGUACGAGGAAGCGAAGGAGACUGACUACACGACCUCAAUACCUAUAUGACGAUCAAUUCGCGAAAGAUACCUACGAGCAAGAUACCGAGGAGAAUAAUAAAGAGGCCAAAACUUUCACACCCACAUGCAAACGCAGUCCGUCAGUAGAAUCCACAAUCGUCGUCGCCUUGGACGAAGUGCCGGCGAACGUGGUCUCAGCCUCUCGUCUAUCAGCCGCAACGAGCACAAAAUCUGGAAGUGGGGGGUCUCGACCACCUCAACGAAAACGUUCGGCACGUGAGAUGACACAAACGACGCUUAAUCUCUCCAUACACAAGGAGCCUGGACCGGGUGCAUGGUUACCAGCGGACAGCCGGGUCCAUCAUGAGUGGCUUCGUCGCUGCAUUGAGCAAGCUGACCGCUCCGGUGAAAAGGAGUUAGCUCCUCCAUUGCAGGAGUUCAAGACGCUGAUCGAAACCAACCCCCGGAUCUACAUGUAUUUCACUGCCAUGUGGGACGAAGUCCCUCAUGAUGUUGAAUACUCGCGCGAUCCAGCGGGUCGUCCUCAGGUCAGAGACUAUCGCCACAUGCUUCAAGUAUUGAACCAUGUUUAUGGGGGUGCGCCUGAAUGGACGGAUGCUGCAGCGAGCGUUGGUGUCGUCGGUGUUCCCAUGGUUGUCAUCUUUGACUAUGCCAUGGGAACUCCAAGUGGGCAUGCGGCCUUUUUGGAUCCUGAUGUUAACAUGUUCCUGAAGAAACUCCUCAACCAGUGGGGUGAGCACCUCAAGAGUCCCGAGUCCGCAAAGGUCCUCGGCGAUCAUCACACAGGAUGGUUCGGAAAAGUGGGUUAUAGCGAUCUCAUGGAGGUUGCUAAUGCUCCUCUCCAGACAACCAUGAAGUUCGAGGAUAUGUACGUCUGUGAUCCAACAAAACAAUACUACGGCUUCAAAUCCUGGGAUGACUUCUUCACCCGCAAAGUCCAUGACUCUGCUCGCCCUGUUGCCUACCCAGAUGACCACAGCAUCAUCGUCAACGCAUGCGAAUCCCGCCCUUACAACCUCACCCACGACGCCAAGCUCCGCGACAAAUUCUGGAUCAAAGGCCAGCCCUACUCCAUUAGCGACAUGCUCGGCCAUGACGCCCUAGCCCAGCACUUCACCGGCGGAGCGACAGUCUACCAAGCUUUCCUCUCCGCCCUAUCCUACCACCGCUGGCAUGCCCCGGUAUCCGGGACCGUCAAGCGCUGUUUCGUGCGCGACGGGACGUACUUCAGCAAACCACUUUUUCAGUGGUCGGCCGAGAGGCCCGGGGCGGGGGCGAUGAUCAAUAAGGUUAGUAAGGAGGGACUGGGUCCGGCGCAGGGGUAUAUCUCUGCCAUGGCGACACGUGCUGUUAUCUUUCUUGAGGCUGAGAAUCCGGGUAUUGGGUUGAUCGCGUUUAUUGGGAUCGGGAUGGAUGAGGUUAGUUCGUGUGAGAUUACGGUAAGGGAGGGGCAAAAGGUGAGGAAGGGGGAUGAGAUUGGGAUGUUUCAUUAUGGGGGGUCGUCGUGGUGUUUGGUAUUGCGGAAGGGGGUUAGGGUAGAAGGGUUUCCGGAUGUGGAGAGGACGGUGAAUGUGCCGGUUAGGGGACGGCUCGCAGUUGUGAAGGCUGAGGAAGGGGAGUUCUGA